UACUCCUCCGGUGCGGCGGGGGGAGCUGAGGCGCAGCGGGGAUUUAUGUCUUGCUCGUUUGUGCGCGCGGACGCACACGUGUGAAAAUGGAGGACGAUACGCUGCAGUUUCACGAGAUGGGCUUAGACGAUCGGCUGUUAAAGGCUCUGGCUGAUUUAGGCUGGUCUCAACCCACCCUGAUCCAGGAGAAAGCCAUCCCGCUGGCCCUCGAGGGCAAAGAUCUGCUGGCGCGGGCUCGAACCGGAUCGGGAAAAACCGCAGCCUACGCGAUCCCGCUCAUCCAAAGAAUCCUCGCGUCAAAACAGACCGUACGUGAGCAGGCCGUCAGAGCUCUAGUCCUGGUCCCGACCAAAGAGCUGGGCCAGCAGGUCCAGACCAUGAUCCGACAGCUCACUGCGUUCUGUGGCAGAGAAGUACGAGUGGCCAACAUCUCCGGGAAAGCAGAAAUAUCGGCUCAGAAGCCGAUUUUAAUGGAGAAGCCAGACAUUGUUGUCAGCACGCCGUCCCGUGUUCAAGCCCACAUCAACGCCCAAAACCUGCAGCUUCAGUCUUCGUUGGAGAUGCUGGUCGUUGACGAGGCCGACCUCAUCUUCUCGUUUGGGUUUGAGGCGGACUUGAAAAGCCUGCUGUGUCACUUGCCGAAGAUCUACCAGGCGUUCCUCAUGUCGGCGACUCUGAAUGAAGACGUCCAGGCACUGAAGGAGCUGGUUCUUCACAAUCCUGUGACUCUGAAGCUCCAGGGCUCUCAGCUGCCUGACAGCUCUCAGCUCCAGCAGUACAGCAUCCGGUGCGAGGAGGAGGACAAGUUCCUGAUCAUCUACACGCUCCUGAAGCUCGGCCUGGUUCGAGGGAAGUCGCUCGUGUUUGUCAGCGACGUGGACCGCUGUUACCGGCUCAAGCUGUUUCUGGAGCAGUUCAGCAUCCCUGCGUGUGUCCUGAACUCGGAGCUGCCCGUUCACUCCAGGUGCCACAUCAUCACUCAGUUUAAUCAAGGCUUCUACAAUUACAUAAUCGCCACAGAUGAGGAGGGACUGGAGAAUCCUGCUGGACCUUCCCAGAAAACGAAGACCAGCGAAGACAAGGGAAAGAAGAAAAAGAACUCUGGGAAGAAAGGAAAAGACAAGGAAUAUGGCGUUUCCAGAGGAAUCGACUUUCACAACGUGUCUAAUGUGAUCAACUUUGAUUUUCCCACUUCAGUUGAGUCCUACAUCCACCGUGUCGGCAGAACGGCUCGUGCGGAUAAUCCCGGGACGGCGCUCUCCUUCAUAUCACAUACAGAAAUUCCCACGCUCACACAGGUUGAAAACGCUCUUGCUGGAGACAACACACAUGACCAUGUUUUGAAGCCGUACGGGUUCAAAAUGGAGGAAAUCGAGGGAUUCAGAUACAGGUGUCGGGAUGCCAUGAGAUCGGUGACGAAGCAGGCGGUGAAGGAGGCCAGGCUGAAGGAGAUCAAGCAGGAGCUGCUCAAUUCAGAGAAACUCAAGACGUACUUUGAAGACAAUCCCAGAGACCUGCAGCUGCUGCGACACGACAAGGAGCUUCAUCCGGCCGUCAUCAAACCUCACCUGAAAAACGUGCCCGAUUACCUGGUCCCAGCAGCGCUGAAAAGUCUCGUCAAUCCUCUUAAACAGCGCAAGAAGAAGUAUAAAGCAGGCGGCGUGACGCUGACCAGCUUUAAAAAGAAUUUCAGAGGUAAAAACCCACUGAAGAGCUUUCGCUUCACGAAGAAGUCGUCUGCAAAGAAAGCUGGGAAAUCCUAAAGGCAGAAGAGCCUGUGAGACAUUGGAUGUUGAGGAAAAUCCUGACAUAUAACUCUUCUUGGGGAUAACUGUGACUGUCAUCCUGAACGACACGCUUGAGAUCAGAGUCCACCAGAAUCAGAGACAUCCUGUCUUAAUGAUUUUGUCGAAUACUGAAAGUUUAAUAUUGUAUUUUUCAUUAAUGCUAAGACUCUACUUCAUAAAGUGUCUUGUGUUCUGAUUUUGUUUAUAAAGUUUUAGCGCUGAAUAAUCUUCAAAAUAGGCUUAUUUUUAUUUUUCAUUUAAAUCUGAAUUUUAAAAAGUUACUUUUCAUUACUUGUUCUCAUUUUUCUUUAAAAGAAAAUUUAACUUGAAU